UUCAUGUCACAACCCAACCUUGUGAAUACGCAAGUCGUUGUUUUGUACUCUAUCUCUUUGGAUCAUGCCAAGCACCACAAUGGCUGUGAAGGAAAAGCUCGGUAUCAAGCAUAACAAGCCAAACAUUGCCAAGGAGGUUCACUACAGGGGCGUCCGCAAGAGACCGUGGGGCCGUUAUGCCGCCGAAAUACGAGAUCCCGGCAAGAAGAGUCGCGUUUGGCUGGGGACGUUCGACACCGCGGAGGAAGCCGCCAGAGCCUACGACGCCGCCGCUCGGCAAUUCCGUGGCCCCAAGGCUAAGACCAACUUUCCUCUGCCCAACGACGGCGGCCUCAAUGGAAAUAACCGGAGUCCAAGCGAGACUAGCACCGUGGAGUCAUCCAGCCGAGAUGGUUCGGAGCGUGAGAUAACGCGCCGCUGCGACCUUGGUGUUGUCGUGGAUCGGUUCCCGUUUCUUCCGAUACAGCCACACCAGAUGGCUUUCGGUUGCGGCGGCGGCGGCGAUGGUAGUGGUGGUGUGGCGAGUUUAGUGCCAGCUAUGCGUCCGGUUUUCGUUUUUGAACCGGCUUCAUGUGGUAGGGCCGAGUUUGUGAGUCAGCCAUAUCCGUUGCCGGUCGCCGUCAAGAGCACAAUGGGAAGUACGGCUCCGAGUGACUCCGAUUCGUCGUCCGUCGUUGAUUGUCAGCCUAAGAAAGCUAUCAACCUUGAUCUUAACCUGGCUCCUCCGUCUGAGGAUUGAGAAUUGGCUUCAUCACACCUGGCGCAGCGCAAUUUUUUGUUUUUUGGGUUUUUUAAUCUAAUCCAAUGAUCAAUCUCCUGUUAUGUUAGCGAAGAGCCAAAGAGGAGUAAUUUGUCAUUACAUCUUUGAUGUAAAUAGGGCUUUUUUUUCCUUCCCUUUUUUAAGUUAACCAGCUGAACAAAACAGAUCCGAAUUUCUAUGGAUCCAUCUGAACUUUCUGUAACAUGGCUAGUUUAGAUUAUGUCAAUUUAACUUCUUUUGUUUUUCCUGAAU